AUGGUCAACGGUCAACCAGUCAACUGCGGUCAACCGGUCAGCGGUCAACCGGUCAGCGGUCAACCGGUCAGCGGUCAACCGGUCAGCGGUCAACCGGUCAGCGGUCAACCGGUCAGCGGUCAACCGGUCAGCGGUCAACCGGUCAGCGGUCAACCGGUCAGCGGUCAACCGGUCAGCGGUCAACCGGUCAGCGGUCAACCGGUCAGCGGUCAACCGGUCAGCGGUCAACCGGUCAGCGGUCAACCGGUCAGCGGUCAACCGGUCAGCGGUCAACCGGUCAGCGGUCAACCGGUCAGCGGUCAACCGGUCAGCGGUCAACCGGUCAGCGGUCAACCGGUCAGCGGUCAACCGGUCAGCGGUCAACCGGUCAGCGGUCAACCGGUCAGCGGUCAACCGGUCAGCGGUCAACCGGUCAGCGGUCAACCGGUCAGCGGUCAACCGGUCAGCGGUCAACCGGUCAGCGGUCAACCGGUCAGCGGUCAACCGGUCAGCGGUCAACCGGUCAGCGGUCAACCGGUCAGCGGUCAACCGGUCAGCGGUCAACCGGUCAGCGGUCAACCGGUCAGCGGUCAACCGGUCAGCGGUCAACAAACCGGUCAAUCAGUCAACCGGUCAACUGUCAACCGGUCAACGGUCAACCGGUCAACCGGUCGACGGUCAACCGGUCAACUCAACAGUCAACAGUCAACAGUCAACAGUCAACAGUCAACAGUCAACAGUCAACAGUCAACAGUCAACAGUCAACACUCGACAGUCAACAGUCAACAAUCAACAAUCAACAAUCAACAGUCAACUUGUCAACCGGUCAAUCGGUCAACCGGUCAGCGGUCAAUCGGUCCACCGGUCAGCGGUCAACGGUCAACGGUCAACGGUCAACCGGUCAACCGGUCAAUUGGUCAACCGAUUAACGGUCAAGCG